GUUUUAUACCCAGAGCCAUCACUGAUUCUAUCGUUCUCAUAGCACCUCGUCGAGAUGGAAGGUCCUGAACAGAGCAACCCUUGCGCCAUAUGCCUGGGUGCCAUGGGCGCCGACGGAGGGCAGGCUAUGGCCACCUUCACGGCAGAGUGCUCCCACACGUUCCACUUCCACUGCAUCUCCGCGAGCGUGGCGCAUGGCCACCUCGUCUGCCCGCUCUGCAACGCGCAGUGGCGUGAGCUGCCCUCCGUGCGCCCGUCGCAGCCGUCGUCGAUGCCACCCAUGCUACCGCGGCAGCCACUUCCCCGCAUGGAGCCUAUGCACGGAGUACAGCCGCUUCCCCGCAUGGAGCCCAUGCACGGAGUACAGCCGCGGCCCGUCCCUGCAACGCAGCCAGCGCGGCAGCCCGCGGAGCCAGAAGUGUUCGACGACGACGACGAGUUGGAGCUGCUCUCUGGUGAAGGCGACCAGCGACAAGCUGCUGGAUCCGGUGGGACGUUGGCCGUCAAGACACACGUCGAGUCGUCGGCUGUUGCCUCGGGCUCGUCGCACGACAACUUCGCCGUUCUCGUGCACGUGAAGGCUCCGGGGGUGAUCGGUAGCGAGGCGGCAGACGGAGACGGAAACCGAGACCGAGACCGAGACGCGCCCCGCGCUCCUCUCGACCUCGUGACGGUGCUCGACGUAAGCGGAAGCAUGCGCGGCAACAAGCUCGCCCUGGUGAAGCAGGCCAUGGGGUUCGUCAUCGGCAGCCUCGGCCCCCACGACCGCCUCAGCGUGGUGUCCUUCUCGUCCGGGGCGCGCCGCGUGACCAGGCUCCUGCGCAUGUCGGACACCGGGAAGGGCCUCGCAUCGGAGGGAGUGGAAUCCCUCAGAGCGGGCGGCGGCACCAACAUCGCCGAGGGGCUCCGGACAGCCGCCAAGGUGCUCGGCGAGCGCCGGCACCGGAACGCCGUCUCCAGCAUCAUUCUCCUCUCCGACGGCCAGGACAACUACAGCAUGCCGCGGCUGGGGCGGGGAAGCGUGCCCAGCAACCCCAACUACGAGGUACUGGUGCCACCAUCCUUGGUGCCUGGCACUGGCAGCACCAGCGAGGGGUCUGCGCCCAUCCACACCUUUGGUUUCGGUAACGACCAUGACGCGGCGGCGAUGCACGUCGUUGCCGAGGCCACCGGCGGGACGUUCUCUUUCAUCGAGAACGAGGCGGUUAUCCAGGACGCCUUCGCGCAGUGCAUCGGCGGGCUGCUCACCGUCGUGGCGCAGGAGGCCCGCGUCGCCGUCGCCUGCGGGCAUCCCGGCGUCCGCAUCAGGUCGGUCAAGUCCGGGCGUUACGAGAGCCGCGUCGACGAGGACGGCCGCUCUGCGUCGAUCGCAGUGGGCGAACUCUACGCGGACGAGGAGAGGCGCUUCUUGCUGUUCCUGUCCGUUCCAACCGCAGAAGCAACGGGCGGCGGCGAGAGCGAGAGGGAGAGCGAGACUCUCCUCCUCAAAGUCCGCUGCAGCUACAUAGAAGCCGCCGGCGGUGGUGCGCGCGUCGACGUGGCGGCGGACGACACGGUGGUGGCGAGGCCGGAGCACGCGGCGGCGGCGGACGCGGAGCGGUCAGCCGAGGUGGAGCAGGAGCGCGCCCGGGUGGAGGCGGUCGAGGACAUGGCGGCGGCUAGGGCGGCCGCGGAGCGGGGCGCGCACCAGGAGGCGGCGGAGAUACUCGGGAACCGGCGGCGAGCCAUGGCACGGGCGGCGGGACCAGGCGGCGGCGGCGGCGGCGGCCCCUCCAACGCGGUUCUGCGGGCCGAGGUGCGGCGUAUGAGCAGGCGCGUGGCGAACCGGGAGAGCUACGAGAGGUCGGGGCGCGCGUACGUGCUCGCCAGCCUGAGCUCGCACGCGCAGCAGCGCGCGACCACGAGGCAGCUGUCCCCCCAGCGUGGCGUGCUGCAGCCCUCGGCGGGCAGCGCUGGGGGUGGAGAGGCGACCAACUCGGUGGCAGCUGCAUUCGCACCCGCGCAGGCGCAGGUGGCUUGUGCGGCGGCGAUGGACUUGGACGACGCGGACUCGAUGGAGUUUUUCGGUGUCGGCGGUGGACCGGCCGGAGGGGCAGCGACGUCCAACGCUGCAUCGGCUGAUGUGGCGUCGGACGAGGCGGCGGAUGCGGAUGCGGCGGCGUCGUACCUGACCCCGGCCAUGCGCGCCAUGCUGUUGCGGUCGCGGCAGGCGCGUGAGGCAUCGGGCGUUGAGCAGCAGCGACCCAAGGGUGCAGAAGGAGCCGGGAGCUCUGGAUCGAAGGAAGUGCCGCCUGAGCAGUAAGUAGAUUAUGUGCGUGCAUGUCACCGUGUUACGGUGUUGGAAUUUCGUUUCUGUCUGAUCUGAAUAAUCUAGGGGAACCUGCACCUGC